CAGAGCAUUCAACUCGGACCGAGUCAAUAUUGAUUAAGAGGCGUCCGCCAUUUUCAUUCAAAUCUAGAGCUCCAAUUCGUCCGAGCCGGCCUCGUAGACAUGGCUAGGGUUUACGACAAUUGGGAGCGGCUGGUGCGGGCCACACUAAUGAUUGAGCAGCUCAGAAGUUCCGGCCAAGGCCACGAGAGGGUUCCUAGUGGAAUCGCCGGCGCUGUCCCACCAUCGCUGGGAAAGACCACGAACAUCGAUGCGAUCUUACAAGCUGCCGAUGCGAUUUAUGCUGAGGACCCCAACGUCUACAGGAUUUGCAUAUAAUAUGGCGCAAAAUCUGGAUCCAAAAAGUGAUGGUUGAGGUGUUCUUCAGUUUAAGACUGGCAAAAAUUUGCAAAAAGAGAUGGGGGUCAAAUAGAUCGUAAUCGUGAUAUUGAGCACCCUUGGGACUUUUACCAGCGGUACAAACGACGACAUAAAGUAGAUGAUAUCCAGAGACAGGAACAAAGAUGGCGUGAAUCUGGAACUUUUAGUGCUGACUUUGGCGAGUAUGGCCAUCAUGUUUUGCUUUAAUAGACCUUUCCCCUCCUCUUUUGUUGUUAUGAUUUCCCAAUAAGUUAUUUGUUAAUUUUGUUGUUGUUUCAUAUUGGAGCUCAGUUAUUUAGAAAUGAAAAAGAUGAUUGCUACCUUGAGGGCUUUAGUUGAGGUGAUGGAGGCACUUAGCAAAUAUGCAGAUCCAAAUGGAGUUGGAAGACUUAUUAUGGAGGAGGUGAGAGGUGCAAUAUCUGCAAUUAGGUAUACUGAGCAAUUCCCCAGACUUCCUGCUGCUAUUGAGAUAUCUGGACAACGAGAUGCUGACAUGUUUGAUCUGUUGGAAUGUGUGUUUGGUUUUCAGAAAGACAAUGUAACGAAUCAGAGAGAAAAUGUUCUUCUUACAGUUGCAAAUGCACAAUCUCAGCUUGGUGUACCUGUUGAGGCUGAUCCAGUGAGUGAACAUGUCAUUAUUGUUACAUGGGCUACUGAUUAUCCUUCUUGUAUUCAUGUGAAUGAACAUGUCAUUAUUUGUUACACCUGUUACGUUUCCAUUUACUUAAAUCUAAAUUUUGAGUGAAUGGUUUUCCACAUUUAAGGCCUUACUAGCUUCUUCAAUAUAUUGUGAAGCAAAUAAUUCCAAAACAUAAGUUUGAGGCAUUGUUCAGUUUCUGAAAUAUUUAUAAACUAAGUUGUAGUUUCAAGAAA